AUGAUUAAUUUUCAUUUCCUGCCUUCUCACCUCUUCAACUCUGGCGAUCACGGCGGAAAGAUGCGUUUUGCGGUGGUGCUUGCUGCUGUAAUUUUUGGUUAUGUUUCAUCCCUGGAAUCCGAGCAAUUGCCUACUGCUAAUGUGUUAAAGUUGUCGCGGCCUAGUCGUCACAAAGUUGUGGCUCAGCCCGACGAGGAAAUUCAAGAGGAAGAGGCCGAGGGAACUCUCGUAACUUUUCCCCCUCUCAGAACAACACCAACACGAGCGACGACGACAGAACCAGAAGAAGAAGAACCCGAGGGAACUCUCGUAACUUUUCCCCCUCUCAGAACAAGACCAACACCAGCGACAACGACCGAACCGGAAGAAAAAGAACCCGAGGGAACUCUCGUAACUUUUCCCCCUCUCAGAACAACACCAACACCAGCGACGACGACAGAACCGGAAGAAGAAGAACCCGAGGGAACUCUCGUAACUUUUCCCCCUCUCAGAACAAGACCAACACCAGCGACGACGACCGAACCGGAAGAAAAAGAACCCGAGGGAACUCUCGUAACUUUUCCCCCUCUCAGAACAACAUCAACGACGAAGACAUUUACUUCUACAACCAUGAAGACGUGGAUUACUACAACUACAGAGAUCGCGACUGCCGCUACAAAAAGGAUAACAACUGUUUCAUCAACAUCGACACAAAGUUCAAAGCUAACCAUCACGACAAGGACGACUCAGAGUCCAAAUGGAACUACUGUUACAACUUCUGGACCUUCAAUGUUCACUACAACGGUUGCAUUGCCAAGAUAU